AUGAGCGGACUCCGAACCAUCCUCGCCUCUUCCGCACUGGUGGCCUCGCUCGGUCUAGGGUACGGGACGUGGGUUAUGAUCGCUCCGGGAGAGGAGCGGCGGAGGGAGCUUGUGAAGGUGAUCCGGCUUCUAUGAUACCAAAGCUCACAAUAUCCGUACUUAAGUGACUGAAAACUGUGACUGUUAACAUCUGAAUUUGACCCGGGCAUACUGAGUGUAUAUUCCAAACUGAGAAGUAUGAGCUUUAGAUUUAAUUCAACAAUCUUUUUUUUCUUCAGAAUGAAUGGAAAUAAAGGAACAUCAAAAUAUAAAUUGAAUAAAAUUUAUUAGAAAUUAAAACUACUGGAGCCCUUUGUGUUCACCUAUAUAAUUUAAACAGAUUGAAGAACUUAAUGAUCCUGUUUGUGGACCUAGAUAAAGCAACUUACCUGUUGUUACAUAGACAAUUCUGAAGGGGGCAGCACCGUUACUUACAUUUAUGCUCAUAGUUGGGUAGGGACAACAACUUAAAGGGAUAUUCCGGAGUAAAAUUAAUUUAGAGUCAAAUACGCAAUAACACCGAGUUAGACACCCCGUCGAGAGGUGAAUGCUGCUCAAGGAAGAACUUUUAUGAUCAUUUCUUUAUCAUUUCCUUUAAGUAAUACUCAUCAUAUUAAUCAUUUUGCACUGCAGAUGUGGUAGUUCUUCUACCUUAGCGUCUCGGUCUGAUUGCAUUUCCAUGAAGAAAUGAUCAUAAAUGUUCUUCCUUAAGCUGCGUCACUCCUCAGCAGUCCGUAAUGGACCGGCCUGAGGUCUCGCUACAAACAAGCGGCUGCUGGAAGAGAGUGGGUGAGUUGUGUUUAGUCUCUUUGCUAAAGAAAUUAGUCAAAGCUAAAGAGAUGUUCUGUGGCUGGGACCCUAUAUGUACUGUUGAUAAAGUUAGGUGCUGUUCUGAGCAUUAUUUUAGGCUAUAGAAUGGCGUUUUGGUUGAGUUUUUUUUUUUUUUUGGCUUCUCAGACCGCUGUGUGUUGCUAUUGUGCGGUCGUUACUAAAGUUGGUAUAACUAGAGAAGCAAGCAGUCGGCAACAUUCAUUACAACAGGGUGUCUAACUCAGUGUUGCAGUGUGGUUGACCCUGACUCAAUUUUAUGCUAGAAUAUCCCUUUAAAGCAAGUAUUACUUUACACGCCUCAUCAACCCACCUCUAGUCUGCGUUUAAUUAAUGUAUAGUCAUAAUAAUAGUGAUAAUGGUGACUGAGAAUUAUAACCUUUAUUCAUACUUAAAUAUCAUUGAUCGAUAACCCUCUUUCACAAAAGUAUUGAGUUAAUCGCAGAAGCAAUAAAAACAGCUUGCAAAUCAAAUGAAAAGUUAGAUGUUAAAAUUUGAAACUCUUAAAUGUGAUUAAUUAUGACAUGUAAUUGAUAAGUAUUUGAAGCUAUAAUUAAACAAUGCUUUGGUUAUAAAAUGUACACCAUAGUUAAAAUGAGUUUUGAUUAAAAUUAUGGAAUAGGUAACUAAAUAUGAGCCCCAAAAAAGUGUGUUAAUGACAAAGAGCUGCUGCAACUGGGUUAAGGAGUCAGGGCAGCAAACAAAAAGCUGUUUGUUUCAGUUCUGAACAAACUCAUGGAACAUCCAAAAUAACAGUUUCUAAGUGUGUGUUUGAUGAAAUUAAUCUAAAUAAUGAAGAAACUCAGAAAGUCUCUCUUUACAUAGAAAAUUUCGUGUCUCAGUCUGUCUGGAAGAUUUUUGAUUAUACAUUUAAUUUGAGCUUUUCAUCAGUCUAGAUGCUUUGAUAUCUAUAUUCUUUGACUCUCAAUUUUGAAUCCUUUUCUUGUAACGACAUUAAAACACCUUUGGUCUGUUGCUCUAGCUCUGGUGAACAGCAUAACUUGUGUCCACAUUGAGAGCAUAUUAAAACAUUCAACAAUGCAACCUGUUCAAGGCAUAAAAAUGAAUACAUAAUGCAUGGUCAAAUAAGAAAAAAAAAAUUAGAUACCAAAUGAAUCAUUCCCUCACCAUACUUCCACCUUUGAAUACAACAGUAGCCUGCGCAACACUUGACAAAGGUCCAGAAAAUUCAACCAGUAUGGACUCCGAAUAGAUUUUUGUAUGAUUAGAGCAAAUUUAAAGAUUGACAGAUUCUUUGUUAUAGGGUGGUGACAGCUUUGUGUCAAAGAACGAAACAUAAUGGUAUGAAUUGAAUUUUGAAAUUUGACAUGAAUUUUUGUUUUGGUUGCUUGUGAAAGAACUGUGAAGAAGGGUCACAGUUAUAUUCUGGGUGUCUCUCCAUAUUUUUGCCCCUUAGAAUCUACCUGAAGCAAACCCAUUAAGGAUGGAGGAGACAAGGAAGAGGAACGCUCUGGUGAUGCAGGCCUUGAAGGAGGCAGCUGAGACAGAUGAAAACAUAGCAAGAGGACUCAGGCCCAAAUAA